GUACCAAAAAGAAAAGUAAAAAAAAAAAAAAAAAAAAACGUUGACACCAUUUCCGGUCUUCUUUUACAGAGCCGCUCUGUAAAAGGACAUCCACGAAUUCCGAUUCUGCCCUCGAGCAUUUCCCACAACACCGGUUCACGGGUCCCCUUCCUCCCACCCAUGGCUCCGGCGACGUCAUCCUCCUUGGCUAAACGGCUCAUCCGCUUUAGCGGCUCGCUCCGACGGACUGAGGCGCCGCGCCUGCCGUCUCCGCCACUGUCCCCGACGCCGAAGAAGCUCAAGUCGAUGGAAGAGGUAAUGGCGAGGGCCCGGUACGCCGUGGUGGAUCGAGCUGACUAUGGCAACGUCAGCUGCCAGCAAUGCGGCUCAGGCGACCGACCCGACGAGCUUCUCUUAUGCGACAAGUGCGACAAAGGCUUCCACAUGAAAUGCGUGCGCCCGAUUGUCGUAAGAGUUCCCAUCGGAUCCUGGCUUUGCCCCAAAUGCUCCGACCGCAGAAGAGUAAGAAGCUUUUCUCAGAAAAAGAUUAUCGAUUUCUUUCGAAUUCAGAAGUGCUGUGAUAAGAAAGACAAAUUUUCGUCUCCUCUAGAUGCUAGGAAGCGCAGGAGACGUUCAGGAUCAUUGGUUUUGCACAAGAAAAGGAGGAGACUGUUACCAUAUAUUCCAUCGGAAGAUCCUGCCCGAAGGCUGAAACAAAUGGGUUCCCUUGCUUCUGCCUUAACAGCACUGCAGAUGGAAUUCAGUGAUGAUCUCACUUACAUGCCUCACAUGGCUCCUAGAUCAGCAAAUCAGGCGAAGUUUGAAAGUGGUGGAAUGCAGGUUCUAUCCAAAGAAGAUACUGAGACCUUGGAGCAGUGCAGAGCUAUGUGUAAAAGAGGCGAAUGCCCUCCCCUUAUUGUAGUUUUUGAUUCUUGUGAAGGUUUUACAGUAGAGGCUGAUGGUCAGAUUAAGGAUAUGACAUUUAUUGCUGAGUACACAGGCGACGUGGAUUAUCUUAAGAACCGGGAACAUGAUGAUUGUGAUAGUAUGAUGACCCUUAUCUUGGCAACUGACCCAUCUAAAAGUCUGCUUGUUUGCCCUGAUAAACGUGGGAACAUUGCACGCUUUAUCAAUGGCAUUAACAAUCACACUCUGGAAGGUAGGAAGAAGCAGAAUUGUAAAUGUGUGAGAUACAGUGUUAAUGGUGAAUGCCGAGUCUUUUUGGUUGCCACUCGUGAUAUAGCUCAAGGCGAAAGGCUAUAUUAUGAUUAUAACGGACAUGAGCAUGAAUACCCUACUCACCAUUUUGUCUGAGAUAUCAUAGAGAUAUUGCUGUCUAACAAUCCUACAAAAAAGGGGAUGUAAUUAUGGAUCCCAAUAGAUCCUUUCCUUUUGCCAUUUUUUCAAAGCUUACUCAUUGUUAUUUUUUUCAGAGCAACAGUUUUCUUUCAAAAUUAGUCAUGGGCUAUUCAUUGUAAUUUUUGAUGCAGAGCGGGCCCAUUAUGUGGCCAUGAGAGACAUAGAGUAGGCAAGGAAGAUUUACCUUGAACUUGGCAUGUGAAGAAAAUUAGAUGCCUUUGAAAUAUAUUUAGGAGGAAAUGCCUUUGUAAUACAGUUUUCAAUGAAAGUUUUAACCUUUUUGCCCACUGUAUGAUUUUCAUUUCAUUGCUAUCAAGUUAGUUUAUGGAUAACAAGUAUCCUUUAUCUUUCCUCUCCCUUUUUGUUUUUAUCUUCACUCCCCUCAGUAGAAAGUAAAAUGUCUGCUUGAGAUGCUAACCCAUUGCCACCAGAGAUAUGCAUAAGAAUAAUGUGAAAAGAACUGUUAAUAUUAAAUCCUUUCCAAUUAGGUGGCGCAGAUUCUUGCAGUCACAAAGCAAAGGUGAUGCAGGUUGACCCUUCAUAUUGAUAUGACGUAUUGACACGUCUUUGGAAUUGUAUUCAGUGUGUUAUUGCAGAAAUCUUUAAGAUGAAUUUUUCAUCAUCAGGUCAUGUUGGUCUGGGCUUCUCAUAACAUAUUAAAAAGGUGAAAACUUUCCCCUGAUUAAACUAUGCAUUUAUCUCAGUUGUUCUUUGUUGGAGGUCUCCUGGAGGUUAUGCUUUCUACUUAUGGCUUUCAUUGAUUGCUUUAGUCUUAAUUGUUCUUCACUUGUCAUCAUACUAAUGUUUUUAUGGUUGUUGCUGGUUUAGGGCCAGUGUGGUUCAUGUGUUAGCAACAAAGAUAUAGUACCAAUCAACAAAAAAAAGAGCUAUUGUACUGCACAACACCCCUUUUCUUCUUUUUGGUAUCGCAUACUGCACUAGGUUGAAUGUAGGCUCUUCUUUUGUUGGAAUAAGUCUAAAAUCCAUGGAUGUAACUCCGUUUUUUAGUGGUUUUUGUGAGAGGUCUUGUGACAUUACUCUUGACCUGGUUUCUUGGGCCAUUGCAUCUAUUAUCUGUUACUGUUUCCAGUUUUCUGCAUUGGGUUAUUUGUAAAAUCCGUUGUGUGCUUUAUGUUGAACCUAGGAGGUAGUUUGGUACCUUGUUGCUUGUUUUGGAUGCCUAGGCUUAUAAAUCCAAGCUUUUGUAAUUCAUUGGACUACAAUUGCCUAAAUUAUCAUUUGCUUUAGUUGUCUACACCCGCUUGACAGUUUCUUUUCUUUUUCUAUUGUUUUUCAGCAAAGAGACUUCAAUGUGGAGUCUCAGAAGCCCCAAAGACAGCCUAGGUAACACCUAAAACUAUAUCCUUGCUUUCUACUGCACAGCAGAAAUGUGGAAAACCAAAUCCCAUGCCCUCUGCAGUGUGGGCUUAAAAUAUCUGUACGAGGUAGUGUGACAUAUGAUGUAGUAGUAGUGUGAGCCUUGAGAAGAUCCAGCGAAGUGCAAUUAUGUGAAGGAAUGAGUUGCUCAAAUCAAUUCUGACAUUCAGAUUCAGUUAGGGAAUGAAGCAAUAGUACUACUUCCUUUUUUAUGAGCUUGCCAUACGGCCAAUUGUUUCUUACCUGACCUGAUGUUUUCAUGGGUUGCUGGAGAGAAGCACUGUUUUAGUGUUUUAUUUCAAGGAGGAAAACUAAGCAUUUUUUUUUUCCCAGCAAGGAUGGAGGCAAAACAAGCAUAGUGAGCAUCUUGAAUAAGUAGGGACUUGAGCAAGAUCUUGUACUUUCUUAUGCAAAAAUAGUUAUAUAGAUUUUAUAGGUUUAACAUGGAGGAAUAUUUAUUAAAUUAGUGGUCAUUGGAACAGUGAUACUACUCAUGUUGGGUUUUGUAUAAUUCAAAGCCUUUUGAUGUAAAUUGAUGAAUAUUUUGUCUCCUUGGGUUGAAGAUUUGAUUUUAUGCUUUUCAUUGGUUCUCUUUUUCUCUAAGACAAAAGAAGGGUAAUUUCUUGUAUCCCUUUAUUUUUUCUAAGGAUAUGGGCGGAGGAGGUGGAAUGACAUCUCUGACUUCCAAAGUUAGACAGCAUUGUUCGAGAAACACAAAGAUGAGUUGGUUUUAGUAUUUUCACAGGAAAUGCAUAGGAUGUGCUUCUGCACACGAAGCUUCUGAGAGAGUCCAUUGAUGGUGAAUAAUCAAUCUGCAUUCCAGUUCUCCACAGGGUUUUAAUAAUUUGCACUAGACAUUAGUUUCAAUAGGUUACUUUUUCUAGAUGACUGCAAGGUCAACAACUGGAUCUCCUGGUGCAGCUCUUUCUUUGUGCUAUCACAGUGAAUUUGUUCUUUAUUCGUUUGAUAGUUUAUAAGUAAAAUUGUAAAUUACACUGAAGCUCCUUUGCUUCGUUGUAAAACUUGUUUUGGAAAUGACUUUCCUGAUUUCUUAGUCUCCCUUAAA